AUGAUUACGCUAACAUCCUUCCAGCUUAAGUUGUUGGAGCGAUUGAUUUUCUGGCACCUCCAGUCAGAUAAUAAUCUUAACCAUACUUUUGGCUUAGACCAACACGGUUUUAGGCCUGGCUUCUCCACUGAGUCGGCCUUACAGCAACUCGCGUGGAGAGUAGAAAAAACAGUUAUAGACGGACACUUUGCCAUUGGGAUUCUACUGGAGAUUGUAAGAGCUUUUGAUAACAUCGGUUUUGAGAAAAUACAUAAGGCCCUUACUGGAAGUCAUAUUCACCUUAUAACUAGAUGGAUCCUCUUUAUGAUUAAAAACAGGAAUAUCUGUGUUAGUCUCACUGACUAUGAAGUCAGUCAGUGGAUGAAGAUUGUCAGUGGACGUGUGAAAGAUGAGCUCCUGCAACAUCUUAAGUAUUUUACGGAAGUUUUGAUUCCAUGGUAA